UACAAAAUGAACAGUAUUAAUGAGGUACAAGGUAAUUUUUUACAGGUAUAGUGAGCAAGCUUUUAACAUUCACGGUAUUUUAAUCGCAUGUAGAGAACACUAUUUAAAUAGCGAGUGUAAAGUGCAAAUUAAUCAGCCAUCUCUAGUGCUGCUCCUUAGCGAAACAUCCUUGAAGCUACCACUGGAUAGAAUAAUGGAUUUCAAAAUUAUUCUUCUCGUGGGUGCAAUCUGCACUCUCUCCUACUUGCAAUCUGCUGCUGCAUCAUUCUGGUAUCCAGAUCUAUAUAAUCGAUAUCAAUAUUAUCCGUGUUGUCCUUGCCGUUGUGAUUACGAUCCCUACUAUGGAGACGAUGAUUUAAUUACGCCUUACAGCGCAAAAGAACCACCCCGCACCCACGAAGAACAAGGCAAUAAAAACAUAUUUAAUCAAGGCGGUACUUAUAAAAAUAUAAAUAUUAAAUCGAAUGGUCAAAAUAUUAAUAAUGAAAUCGGUAGACACUCUGUUAGGAUUGAUAAUAUUAGGGGUGGAGAUCAACAAAGGGCUGGUCACCGUUGAGUCCGCAGCCAACCAGAGUGAGAUUGAGAACUACUAUUGACUCAAGCUCUUCUUAAACUGAAUGGAAGAGCCUCACUCCUACACUUUCCACAAUAAAUAUUGAUUAAUAAUCUC